CACCUCAUGCUUGUUAUUGUACUCGCCAGGCAACAACUUGUAUAAACCUCAGCGGUCAGCUUGUCAGCGACAUUCGCUGUUUGCAGUGUAGUUAAAUCGUCAAUGGAUACAAGCGCGCUCGAGAAGCUUCGCCAAUGCGGCCGACUCGAAACUUACAGCACUGCACGACACCACCUGGGCUUCUACAAUAAUGUCGGUCUGACUGCGACGUACACGACAUCGUCCGCAUUGAAAGAUCCUCUUGAGAAUGUGGUGUUCACGGCCCUGCGCCAUGUCAUCGGGAAGCAUUCCAACCUCAGCGCCAUACCAGUCAACGAAGAGAAGUCAAGCCCCGACGUCUACCUUGCACGCCUGCCCGAGAUUGACCUCCGCACAUGCGUUGAGUUCCACGCUCGUACGACACCGAUCCGCCAGGGCGACGAAGCUGACGAUGAGCUCGACGAGCUGCUGCGCGACCAGCACGACCGCAACUUCAAAGGCAACGUCCCCUCACGACCAUACUGGCGGCUGCUCGUCACCUCGUCACCCACGACCCCUGGCCCCUUCACGGCAUCGUGGAUCUUCCACCACGCGCUCUGCGACGGCGCUUCGUCCAUGCUCUUUCACCAGAGUUUCCUCGACGGCCUGAACACCCCGGAUCUAGACGCCAGUCCAAUCGUCAAAGCACCCUCGACCUCCCUUCCCCCCUCCCUCGAAGAACUCCACCCCAUGACCCUCUCCUGGACCCUCUUCCUCCGCGCCAUCGCCAGCUCCAUCCUCCCCUCCUCCCUGACCCGCCCCGCAAACCUCUGGACCGGCCCGCCCGUCCCGCCAAACGGCACCCCCGCCCCCCAAUCAGCCACACAAACCCUCUACUUCUCCGCCGCCACAACCCGCGCUCUCGCCACAAAGUGCCGCGAAGAGAAAACCUCCGUCACCGCCGCCCUCACCGCGCUCACCGCCGCCGCGCUCCACGCCUCCGCCGCCCCGAACCAAGCCCUCAGCAUCGACGUCCCCAUCUCGUUGCGUCCGUGUCUGGCCCCGCGUGAGAAUGAGAUGCUCAGCGCGACCGCGAACUGCACCGCCUCGUUCCCCGCGCCCGACUCCGCCGCCACAGGCGCACUGCAGUAUUUCUCCUGGGCCGCCGCACGCGCCGUGAAGCGCGACAUCGCCACCGAAGUCCGCAAGAACGGCGCAGACAACCCCGUCGCGCUGCUGCGGUAUGUGUCCAACAUGGCAUCGCACUUUACGCAGAAAGAGGGCGCGGAGAGGGAGGCUAGUGCCGAGGUGUCGUGUCUGGGCGUGUGGAAGGGUGUGCAGCGAGAUAAUGCGGGAUGGGCGCUCUCGCGGCUGUGUUUUUCGCAGUGUGUGGGGCGCUCGGGGGCGCCGGUCGAGGUUUGUGCUGUUACGGGCGCGGACGGGUGUUUGGCGGUUUGUUUCCGGUGGGUUGGGGCGGGGGGCGUGGAGAGGGUGCCGGGGCUGGAGUGUGAACGUCAGCAGCGUCGUCAGCCAGAAACGAGAGACUGGAACAUGAUCAUCGUUGUUUAG